AUGAGCACGCCCUCACCGAGCGAGUACGAAGCAGAUAUCAGUGACGAGCAGCUGCUGACGAGAGGAACAGAUAUGUCAGUCAACUCUUCCUUCAACUCCUCUGAUUCCUCCCUCCAUCUUUUACUCAAGCAUUGCUCAGAAUUCAGACCCAGCACGUUCAACUUCGUUCUCCUUCUGCCUCUCUUCACCUUCGUCCUCUACAUGGGCUACCAACGCUCGCUUUCCAAGUCAAGUCACUCGGACGUCUUCACCUAUAACGUGGUUGCCUUGGAGACGCUCAGCAUCCUGGGGUUUUUCUGUUAUUGCGGUGGCGCCUUGGCAGAUAGUAUGAUUGCAGUAUUGGUGGGGUCAUGCAUGUUCUCCAUCACGUCAGCUGGACAGAAUCUGUUUCACGUCCUCACCUGUGUGGAGCGCUACCUGGCUGUUGUUCACCCCGUCACCUACCUGGGCCUGAGACAGUCGGGCGGGGUCAGGAUCAGAAACAUCAGCAUUGGGUGUGUUUGGCUGAUUUGCUUUGGAACACUAAGUGGAUUCAUCUUGUUAGACAGAUCUUUCACCGGCGUCGCAGCUUCCUGCCUCUUGGUUUUCUCCUUAAUUGUCGUCUCUUUCUGCAGCCUGUCAGUUCUCUGUGUUCUGAUUGGCCCAGGGCCCGGGGAUGUGGGCGGGGACAGGGAGCGUGUUGACCAAACAAAGCGGAGGGCUUUCUACACCAUCACAGUGAUAAUGGGGGCACUGGUGUUGAGGUUUAUGGGAUUCCAGAUUGGCAGCAUGAUGUAAGUCACAGUGCUGAGUCAUCUGCGCUCUGGGUCACUCUGCCCAGCUGUUUCUCCACAGAGCAGGAAAACUGCCAAGCUGCAGA